CCCAGUAAGAUAUAUUAUCUCAAGCCCAAGUCCACAACAAUACAUCUUUUACUAACCCUAAAGCUUCACUACAAAACCCAAUCUCUUCACACAUCAAAGGGUUAUUCAACGGCGUCAGUCUUCUCUGCUAUUUCGGUUCCAUUCUCCGCCGGCGACCAUGGUGAACGUUCCUAAAACGAAGAAGACAUACUGCAAGUCCAAGGAGUGCAAGAAGCACACCUUGCAUAAGGUGACGCAAUACAAGAAGGGAAAAGAUAGCUUAGCUGCUCAAGGAAAGCGUCGUUAUGAUCGCAAGCAGUCAGGUUACGGUGGACAGACAAAACCUGUCUUUCACAAAAAGGCAAAGACCACAAAGAAGAUUGUCUUGAGGUUGCAAUGCCAAAGUUGCAAACAUAUGUCGCAACACCCAAUCAAGAGGUGCAAGCAUUUUGAGAUUGGCGGAGACAAGAAAGGAAAAGGAACAUCUCUUUUUUAGAUUGCUUGUGAAGCAGAAUUUGAUCUCUCUCUUCUGUUCUUUCACUGUUUGGAUAUUUUGUUAUAUUGAAGGUAGUUCAGUAGCUUCUGUUAUCCAAUUCAUCAUUAUUACGUGUUCAAUCAGAUAUAUUAUCAGGAGAUGAAAUGAAUAUUUCAAGUUUUUGAUUUAACAAGUUUUGAUUUUGUCUUGUUGA